CCGCCAAGGGCUUCCAAACCUCCCUUGCGCAAAACCAGAAUUAGCCGGUGCCUCGCACACAUGGGAAGAGCGCGCCGACUUCCAAGCGGCCAGAGAUGGGCCGGCGGUGCAGGGAGUUGGUGGAGGAAGAAGAGCAGGACGGUCACGCCGAGGCGAGGUGUCCUGGGGACAAAAGGGCAACGAUCGGGGGUCGAGGCCGGCGGGGGAAUUAAGCCCCCACCCAAUCCCGACCCCGCUUCCCUCCCUCCCUCCCUCCCCAGGCACGGGCGAGGAGAGCUCCAGGCGGGCGCAUUGCUGAAGAUGCCAGUCCAGACUGCAGCAGUCCUGGGGACACCGCGGGAAGCAGCAGCGGAUCCGCCGCGUUCGAGAGGCGCCCGGGAGUAAGAGCGGCUCCCUCCGGGGAUACUCAGUGGAAAAUGUACGCCAGUUGCGAAGAUGUUGGCUAUGAUUUUGAAGAGGAUUCCAAAGACAGGGAGAAGAAGCUUAUGGUGAAUCCAGAUGUUGAUGGUGGAUGGGCUUGGAUGAUUGUCCUUUCUUCUUUCUUGGUGCACAUACUCAUCAUGGGAUCACAAAUGGCCCUUGGUGUUCUCAACAUGGAAUGGCUUGACGAAUUCAGCCAAAGUCGAGGCCUGACAGCAUGGGUCAGCUCCCUCAGUAUGGGUAUAACCCUGAUUGUAGGUCCUUUUAUCGGUUUGUUCAUUAACACCUGUGGUUGCCGGAAGACAGCAAUAGCUGGAGGGAUUUUGACUGCUGUAGGUUGGAUACUGAGUUCCUAUGCCUCAAAUGUAUAUUACCUCUUUAUAACGUUUGGGGUUACAGCUGGUGUUGGGAGUGGGAUGGUAUACCUGCCUGCUGUGGUCAUGGUAGGAGAAUACUUUGAGAAGAGAAAAGCACUUGCCCAGGGACUCAGCACAACUGGGACGGGGUUUGGUGCUUUCCUGAUGACAGUUCUGUUGAAAUACCUUUGCACGGAGUUUGGCUGGAGGAACGCAAUGUUCAUCCAGGGCGCGGUCUGUCUGAACCUGUGUGUUUGUGGAGCGCUCAUGAGACCAGUUUAUUACAAAGAGGAAGCUGCUGAAAAAAGCGGAGUGGGAAAUGUCAGCAAGAGCCAUGCAAAAGCUCUCUCUUGCUCUGCAGAAACACUGGCAUCUAAUGGCAUCUUACAGGAAGAGGGAAAAGAGGCAAAAGAAAGGCAAGGUAAGGAGGAAAAGUCUGACAUUUUUUCAGACUUUGAAAACAAAGGUGUAACCAGACACUGGAAGAAUAUCUACACUCUUUGUGUGCUGAAGACAGUGAGUCAGCUGACUGUUACAAUCCAGAAAGGCUUUCGGACCUGGUAUUCUAGUUACUUUGGCGCUGCAUCCCUCUUCACCAACAGAAAGUUUGCAGCCUUUGUGUUUUGGGCCUUAUUUGCAUACAGCACUUUUGUUAUCCCUUUUAUCCAUCUUCCGGAAAUAGUGAAGCAAUAUGGCCUAUCUACACAGAACGAUGUAUUCCCUUUGACCUCAAUUAUUGCCAUUGUCCACAUUUUUGGUAAGGUCAUCCUUGGCAUCAUUUCUGAUUCACCCUGUGUCAGUGCUUGGAAUGUCUUCAUGGCAGCCAACUUCACUCUUGUCUUCUGCAUUUUCAUUUUACCACUAAUGCACACAUAUGCUGGGCUUGCUGUGGUCUGUGCCCUAAUAGGAUUUUCCAGUGGAUAUUUUUCACUCAUGCCUGUUGUUACUGAAGAUUUAGUUGGCAUCAAGCACCUCGCAAAUGCCUAUGGAAUCAUCAUUUGUGCUAAUGGGAUUUCAGCACUCCUGGGACCACCUUUUGCAGGUUGGAUUUAUGACCUGACACAAAAAUAUGACUUUUCUUUCUACAUAUGUGGCUUGCUUUACAUGGUGGGAAUCCUCACUUUGCUCAUACAGCCUUGUAUUGGAAAGAUAAAGCCAUCACCGGCAAAAAACACAGAAGGUGGAAAAGCAUAGCACAAGUGCUUUUUUAAACACGUCA